UCUUUUGUGUAACACCUGAUACAAAAGGGCACAGCCUCAGGAACCUGUCAUUCUGCAUCUGGACGGGAGAGAAGACACUGCAGCUCACUGGAGAGAAGCCCCACAGCUGACCUGCAGGAACAAGAUGGAUCAAAGACUCAGCGUCGCCCUCCUGCUCCUGGGCCUGACGGUUCUUGUGGACGGACAGACUGUGGCAGCUCCGUUCACGGGAAACAUCACCCGGAACGGCUGUGGAGCUACUAAAUUCUGCAUUGAGACUCCCACAGGCUGUGACCCGGCCUCCAGUGGAAACUGUCUCUUUGCGUCCGCCGCUAGAGACACAACGAGCACCACCAGCAUCUCUUUUAAUCUCCAGGGAAACUCGAGCGGCUACAUCGCUGCCAUCUUAACAACCGCCGGCAACAACAGCACGGGAGAUGCCUUUGUGUGUGCUCAGAAUGCUAGCGAUACACUGUUCUAUCACACAGUCUACUCGAGUAAUGGAUCCAGCCUGAGUCCAAACAUUUUCAAUAACACAGUUUACAACGUCACUGGCUCUGCAAACAAUAACAUAAUUAGCUGCACCUUCGUUGCGAGAAAUCUCACCAUAUCAAAUGGCAAAGCUACAACACUCUAUAACAUCUCUCUGGCUGUUGGGGAUUUUACAGACGGCACACUGCGCGCGUUCCAUUUAUCAUCCAGAAUGUUGGUUUCAGGGAUGCUGAUCCUGGUGUCUGGGCUGAUCUUUGGGAUGUACUAG